AUGUCUUUAGCCCCUGUCAACAUUUUCCAGGAUCAAGCAACUGAAGAAAGAGCUGAAAAUGCUCGUUUGACAUACUCAUCAGUUUGUCACAAGUCUUCUUUUAUCGGUGCUAUUGCAGUCGGUGACCUUGUCAAGAGUACAUUAGGUCCUAAAGGCAUGGACAAGAUCCUUCAAUCAGCCAGUACAGGUGAGAUCUUGGUUACAAAUGAUGGUGCCACUAUCCUUAAAUCGAUUGCACUCGAUAACGCAGCUGCCAAGGUCCUUGUGAACAUCUCCAAAGUACAAGACGAUGAAGUAGGUGACGGUACUACCUCGGUCUGUGUGUUGGCUGCUGAACUCUUGCGUGAAGCAGAACACUUGGUCAACCAACACAUUCAUCCUCAAACGAUCAUUGAAGGUUACCGCCUUGCUUCUGCUGCUGCUUACAAGACAUUGGAACAAAGUGCUAUUGAUCACAGUGCAGACCAAACUCUUUUCCGUCAAGAUUUGAUCAAUAUUGCCAAAACAACACUUAGUUCCAAAGUCUUGUCUCAAGAUAAAGAAUAUUUUGCUGAAUUGGCUGUGGAUGCUGUCCUUCGUCUCAAGGGUUCUACUAACCUGGAGAACAUUCAGAUCAUCAAGAAGCCUGGUGGAAAAUUAAUGGAUUCUUAUUUAGAUGAAGGCUUUAUUUUGGACAAAAAGAUCGGUGUCAACUGUCCUAAACGUAUUGAAAACGCUAAUAUUUUGAUUGCCAAUACAUCCAUGGACACAGACAAGAUCAAGAUCUUUGGUGCUCGUGUCCGUGUUGAUGCCACUGGUAAGCUUGCUGAACUUGAGCGUGCUGAACGUGACAAGAUGAAGGAAAAGGUUGAAAAGAUCAAGAACCACGGUAUCAACUGUUUCGUGAACCGUCAAUUGAUCUACAACUGGCCUGAACAGUUAUUGGCUGAUGCUGGUAUUGCCACCAUUGAACAUGCUGAUUUUGAAGGUGUUGAGCGUCUUGCCCUUGUCACAGGAGGUGAGAUUGCCUCUACAUUUGAUCAUCCUGAACUUGUCAAGUUGGGUCACUGUGACUUGAUUGAAGAGAUCAUUAUUGGUGAAGACAAAUUGAUCAAGUUCUCUGGUGUUGCUGCUGGUGAAGCAUGUACCAUUGUGUUGCGUGGUGCUACACAACAAUUGUUGGAUGAAGCUGAACGAUCUCUUCAUGAUGCUCUUUCUGUUCUUUCACAGACUGUAUGUGAACCCCGUACUGUUCUCGGUGGUGGUUGUUCUGAGAUGUUAAUGUCUAAAGCUGUUGAUGAAGUGGCUUCCAAGACUGCUGGUAAGCGUGCUAUUGCUGCUGAAUCUUUCUCCAAAGCCUUGCGUCAAAUGCCUACCAUCUUGGCUGACAAUGCUGGUUUUGAUUCAUCUGAACUUGUUUCUCAAUUAAGAGCUGCUCAUUAUGAUGGUCAAUCUACCAGUGGUUUAGAUAUGGUGAAUGGUGUUGUUGCUGACGUGAGAGAAUUGGGUAUUACUGAAUCAUACAAGCUUAAGAAACAAGUUCUUUUAUCUGCUUCUGAAGCUGCUGAAAUGAUUUUGAGAGUGGAUAAUAUCAUUCGUUGUGCUCCUCGUCAACGACAAGGCUAA